CAUAUUCGUUUUAUAAACUUUUGCUAUAAUUACAAACUUUCAUGCGCUAGAACAAAAGAAAUUAGAAUAUAAAAUAUGGAUGUUCUGAGUAGUUGUACUAUUAACCAGGUGUGCGUGAUCAAAGUUUGAGGGCCAUUCAUUAUUUACAAUCUUUUGUUAAUUCGAGGCUGAAAGUGGAACGUCGCGCGUCGUAAGGAAUGAGAAAGAAAAAUUUCUUUGUUUUUAUGUCAUAAGCAUUUACAACUUAAAAUGUAACACUUCAAACGAAGAAAAUCACCCCAAGGUAAUCCCUGAAUGGUAGCACAAUUUGCAGUGGUACCAUCUUGCCCAUUAAAUCGUUCUUCCUUUAACGAUCGUAACUAACUUCGGACGAAACAGGAUUCCCCCUCCCGUGUCUCCGAUCCCCUCGAAGAAAAUCCUUGAUUCUCAUCCCGCAGGGGGAUGUCAACCCUCGAGUCACUCUUUCCACCCCUGCAAGUGUCACCCGUCGAUCCAUUGAUCCAGCCCAUUUGCAUCCUUACGACCCUAUUAUCAGAUGGUCGCCAACUUGAAAUCCGGUAGUAAGCAAUGGAAAAGGAAUAGAAAAAGUCUCUUUUUUCCACAGCGAGGGAUAAAAGCAUAUUACUAGACUUAAUUAGAAUUCCUGACGUUUUCAUUUAAUCAUUCAAUCUGGUAUUUUAACUUAUCUGGCAAGCAUCAGUAGUAUUACUGUUCUGUAAUUAUUUAAUUAAAUUAAAUUCGUGUCGUCGGUCACCAGUGACCACUCAGGUAAUUAACGUUUUAACGCGUUGAUUACUGUGCUGGUCAACAGUAAGCAAUUUCAUUUGAACAAGCAAUGAUAAAACGAGGGAAGGGAAAUAAAUAUUAAAUAUCAUGAAAAUUAUAUUAAUAAUUUAUGGAUUGAUUAAUUAAAGUUUUAACAUAACAUUUUGCUGGUAUAAUGUUGUAAUUGUGGAAACUACACGCAUUUGCCCUUGUUAGCGAGUUAGAAGAAGGGCGUUUUAGCGUGUCAGAAGAAAAGUUCUUAGACUUUCGGACGACAAAUUACAAUUUUUAUUCGUGAAAGUGGUCGUGGAAUGGAGAAACGGACGAGGAACUGGGACAAGGGUGUGCUGUUUUUCUAUUGAAACCUGUUUGCUCCGAUUUAUCUGGAUGAAAGCAGAGCUCAACGACGAACGAUGUAUGUAACAGCAGGCUGAAGCAUCGUUCUCGUUUGUUGGCAAACUCGUACUCAAAGAUCGCGUAAACUCGAGGAGCCAACAAAUGAAAAUCAGGAGUAAACAUGCUCCAAUUAUUACUUUGUUUCGGAAUAUGUUCUCUUGAUAGAGUAAACAACACCGAUAUUUAAGAGAAUCUUAAAGGAGCACGUUGAAACAAAUUUUGUUAUAAUCUGAGGUGAUUGUGAACAUGAAUCAUUAAAUUGCAACAACAAAUAAACAGAUAAACGAAAUUGUUGCUCAAACUACCUAUGAGGUUGAAUGAAUAAUUGAAUAUUGUAGGUGGAAUACAGUUUACUCUUCGCUUUAAUGAACAAAUUCACUUCCUGCAAUAUUAAAAUACAUUUCAUAACUAUUAUGUGAUAUAAUUAUCCAUUUGCGAGCGUUACAUACAUUGUUAUUUUCAUGAACACAAAUGAAACGGUGUUCGAGGCAUAGAACGCUGAAAUUGAUUAUUAACAAAACGAGUAAUAAAAUAUUCGGUAAUUAAUUAUUCCUUCUAGAGAAGAUGGUGUGAUAUUAUAACCUUAAAAUUGAUAUGAUUAAUUAAUUACCAUUAGCGAAAGUUUGAAUUACUUUUAAAUUGUGAACGCUUAUUAAAUACGUACUUCACUGGUUAUUCAAUGAUUUAACGUGAAAUUUCUGUCGGAAUUAGUGUAUGUUUCCAAAAGGAAUUAAUUUUAGCAUCGUUGCUAAAUAUUAAAUUUCAGCACCGCUGGUUGUGCAAAAAAAAAUACCGCUGAAAUUUCAUCCAUUUCUGGCCACUUGGUAGAGCUUCCAUUUAAAAUUCGACAAAAAAGAAACAUUGAGCAGAUUCGACGAUGCAAGGGUUAAAUGGAUUCUCGCAAAGGGAUGAGUGAUAUUUCGUAAAUGGUUCGUUGAACGACGGAUUCCACUCUUCUGUCACCUCUUUCAACCCUCAACUUCCGGGAAACGGAUAGUUGAGACGUUGAAUGAAGAUGGCAAGGGGAAAGAACUGUGAUAUAUGCUACGAACGAGGGCUUCGAGAAACGAGGAUGAAAAUAUAAAGGUAGACAGAGAGAUAUUAAUUGCAGAUGGUGGACUAUCCAAAAAAUAAUGUACGAUAUAAAAGAGACGAACGAGAUGAAAGAAAGUUAAAAUAAGGUAUAAAUUUCACGGAGCCUAUAAAAAAAGGUAUCGUAAAGGGAGGAACAUAAAAAAAGCGAGGAAACAAAAUUGAAAUAAGAGCAGCGAUAUCGUAAAAUUGAAACUUGAUUGUUGGAUUUCACCUUUCGAUUGAACAGCAUGGAUAUAAUGUAAAAUUCUGAAAAAAAAAUGGAAUUAAGCGGUAACUGCUAAUCGAUCGGUCGAAUGAAAAGCAAAAAAGAGAAGUAGUAAGGGGGAGGAGGAUGGGCAUGAAAGGGUCGGAAGAAGAUAAAGCACGAGACUCGUGAAAAAAGACAAACUGUUGAAGACAGACGAGGAAAUACCGUGCAAAAGGGAAGCAGAAGUAUUUAUGUGGCAAAAAGGAGAAUAUGAAAGAGAUAUUCGCUUACAGUUUUGGAGGGCUGCCGAAUAUUGAUCCUCUGCGCGAAUUAAACUCGGACAUCAAAUUCUGCAAAAAGGAGAACGCUUGAUAUGUUCCUCGUAAUUGCUACUUUUUAUCAAUCAUAUAUAUUGCAAUCUUAAGUGAUUAAAUGAACGUCAAAUUAUCCGAAAAUCAUGAAUUCUUACGUUCGGGGCAUAAAAUGAAACAAACAUAUAUGUAAAGUAAUUUUAUCUGAAUCGUAUUGAUAUCAGAAUCAAUAUUUAUUUAAAACCGACGUCAAAAUGGAAUUUCUGAAUUUAAACUGCGAUAAUAACAGCGUUGAUAAAAUCGAGCUUCCAACGAACGAGAGAAAAAACAUUCGCAUGUUUUCGAACGAACAGAACGAUAAAUAUUCGAAGCGAUUCGUCAAGCAAUGAUAACGUUUCGUUAUCAAAUCAUCCCGAAUAAAAAUGGAAAAGACCGAAAAAUCGAUACAUUGUUUUUGCGGCCAAAAUGCUGUGGGAUUGUUCAGAAAAUAAAUGAACAAAAAGAAAGAAGAAAGAACGACAAUGAGUUUUUCCACGAUAAACCGCAAAGCUGAUAAACGUUGUACGCGUGUUUACGCUUAAAUUGGGACACGUGUCGUUUCAAAACGCGUUCAUCCACGGGUGUUUUGCCUUUCCCGCAAAAUCGUUUGUCAUAAUUAUCGUCUUUGUCGCGGCAGAACACGCACCGGCGCUAGCGUAAAAGCUAACGCCUCCACGUCAUAAUUAACCUAAUUACGCUGUGCUACGUACACGCGUAUUAUUCCAAGAUACCAACGUUGUUUCAAUCUCUGUAUUCUCGAUCCGAUGAGCCGCGACAGUUGCUCUGAUUAAUUAAAACGAAGCAGUUAGAGCAACAUUUCAAAACAAGCGAACUCUCAGAUUACGUUGCAUAUCACUUUUUUACUCGAGGAUAAAGAGUUUUAAUAAAUGAAGGUUAUAACUCUUUGCUCUGGACGUUGGAGGUUAAAUAACUAUAAGUGAAAUUAAAAAAGAAAUAAAUUUCGAAAGCAUUUUAUCUAGCUUUCAGAGGAUAAUGGAAAAGUUAAACUUGCUAAAAGCUCUUUAUAUUAAAAUAUAGAAGUACGUCAUGAAAGAUUAAAAUUUAUAAAGUUUACACUUCUAUAAUAAGUUAAUACUUCAAACUAGCAGCAAGAUAUAUUUUGUAUAAGAAUUGAUGACGUUCAACGAAGAUUGGAAGCGUUUCACUCAACGUCUGACCAUACGCGCGGUUAUACUACUUACUGCGUCUGGCGCCGGUCCAUGCUGUCUUCAUACUGGAUUAUUCCAAUCGUUCUUCUUCAAAUUAUUUACGAGCAGUGUUAAAAAUUCAUGUAAUAAAAUACAAAGCAGUCUUCGGUUGAUAGAUGGCCCCAUAAGCAAGGAUGCAAUUUUAACCAGCUUGUGUAACGUCUCACCGUGCAUCUUGUGACAAGAGAGAUGCAGAUUGUUACAUAAAUGUCCAAGCAAUCUGUCAGCGGGCGCAUACGUCAUAAAGAACGAUGCAUGAUCAGCAAAGAAGAAAACUCGAACACGUGUCCCGGUGUUUGCGAGCAAGCUGUCUUGCAAGCCGAGGGCGUGGUUGAAACCUGUACGCUUUGUGGAUCUUCGUGUGUGACGUACAAGCUCUGUGAACCAUGUCGACCAAACAGAUGGACGAGUCUCGGUUAGCUGUCCAUGAUGAACAGCCGUGAAUCAGACGAUUCUCUCUCUCUCUCAAAAGCUUUUUAUGGCUUAAUUCUCUCGGCGAAUCUGGAACGUCGUUGCUUUGAAUUGCCUCGGAGAAAAAGGGUCGAUUAUUUUGGAAAGCUUUUACUUCUAAGAAGUGGACUAUAGGGUAACAAAAAUCUAACGCAAAUCCAGCAUUUGGAAGGAAAUUUUUAUUACUCUGUGCAGUAUUUGAAAUUGGAAAAUUGAAAUAUUUAAAAUAAUGUCCUAGCUUGAAUCGCAGUGACUUUUUAUCGUCGUAAUCGCUGUAUCUACAAAGUAUCAGUGUAUUUCUAUUCAAAUAACCCUCGUUUUUGUGAGAAAAAAGAAAAAAUAUACAGUCGACUUGUUUCUCUUUCAACUCACAAGGAUAAAGAACAGCGAGGACCCGUGCACAAUGUCUGAAAAGAAAGAAACUGCAAGGAAUAAAAAGCAAGUUGGUCGUCGUUAAAUCUAGCACAACUUCCGUCAUUAAUAACUCUCCAUUGAACGGACAGGGAAACUGUAAAAAAGGAUCUAGCGAGCCGAACGAAAAGUUCGUGUCCACAAACGAGGGAGCUUGAAUAGAAAAUGGAGUGUAUGGUACAUAUAGUUCCUCGAUACUGUGUAAAUGAAAACAGCUGACGUUCUUAAUAAUGUCACGUAGUUAUUAAACUUUUCUAUAAGUAAUACAUUUGAAAUUAUUCGAAAUUACUUAAGAAAGAUACGAUUAAACGCUUAUAAAUACAGACUCAAAGAGGUCUUUUAAAAAGAAACUGAAAUGAUGAAGAAUCUAGAGACCAAUUAAAGCAAAACGAGUCGGAACGUUUGGUCAAUGAAAGCUACAGAUUGAAAAUGAAUUCGACCGGAUAAGCAACGAUUUCGUGGGGAGUAAUCGAAUCGAUCCAGCAAUUAAUGCCUUCUAUUUGAGGACUCUUUAGAACGUUUGCUUUUAAAGAAAUCGAGCGAACCGCUAGAAACGGCCUGGUGCAGACUGUUUUCUUAUUUAGUUCCUCUUAUUUACGUCUGACGACGGAUAACCGAUAAUGAGAGGCUGUCUCGACGUCUAACGAGAAUCUGUCCAUAAGAGAAAAAAAGAAAAAGGACGAGGGUGAAGGGGAUAUUGGAAACCUGGAAGAAAGGACGAGUUGGCUGGAGAAGGGAUUCAUUCGAUACUCUUAGAAAUUACGGAGAUAACUUGCCUUUUUUCAUAUAGAAACAUUGCACGAAGUAUGAUUAACUAUUUCUUGAUAAUAAACCCAAAGGACAGGAAAGAAGUUUAAUUUAAUAUAAACAUUCUAAAAAUUUGGAGAAUCAAAGAUGGAAUUUAUACAAUAAUUAUAAUUUCACUGAAAUGUAAAAAGGUACAGGUACAAUUUUCACAAGCAUCGUUCCGGAAGUAAGAAGAUUAAAAAGGGUUAGUUAUUGUCGCGAUGGCUAACCAAACUGCGAAUACUUAACGAACCCUGAACUCACUCUGUUUUCCUUUGCAAUUUCACAGAAAACUCGAAGCUGGCUUAUAAUUUCCCCUACGUUACGAAGCAUAUUUGCGAAUACAACGUGACUCGCUUAUAAUUAACAUAGAUGCUGUGGUCAGGAUUAAUUAAAUUUCUGGUGCAUGCGCAGCAAUUAUACGAAUUUCGUCGGUCCUAUUCUGCCCAGCUUUUAUUAAUUUCAAUUUCACCAGAACACGUGUACGAGGCCAGUUAAGAUGCACUCGUUUAACACGAUGCAGAUUGCUCUGUUUUUGCCGUUAUCAGAUUAUCGCAAGAAAUUGGCCGUUUUGAACUGGUAUUCUUUCAUGGAAAGGAGAAGCCGAAGAAAAUUCUGCUUGGAUAAUUACCUGGCAAUCGAAUAAAAGGUUUUAUGAACGCAAUAUUAUUUCAUGGAACAAGAAACAAAGGGGGAUGUGGUUAAUGGAUAAUAAUCGCCUAGUAAUUAAAUGAAAUUCAGAAGAAAUUAAAGAAGAAUUAACUUCCACAUCAAAAUUUAUUACCAAAGAUACCAAGGAAAAAUAUUUUAAUUCAACACAACAAAUUCUAUAUUGGAAAGAGUUAAAAAAAGAAGAAGAUAUCUUGAGAUACGGGUCUAACACGAUACGAUAGCCUGUCCAGUGCACAGCUUGAGGUCGUUUAAAUUGGACACCUAACUCUUUCUCGCCACUUUAUUAUUUUCCCAACAGGGGUUUUCUUCUUUCUUCGUUAUUCCUGGUCGCAUUGUCGCGGGGGAUGAAGAGGUACGAGAAGUAUUACGUGGUCAUCCUGAAAAAGCCAUCGCGUUGCUCCAUGAAAACAGAAGUUAUCGUUGUAGCUGAACGCGGUGAUGUCGUUUUGAGGCGCGAAAAACAUAAUUCCGGACGAGAGUCGUCGCGUGUACUUCCGGGAUUUGUCGAGGCCGUACGUGGUGCUUACAAGCGAAAUCCAAUUUCAUCUCCCUCGAAGUUGAUACGCUUCUUGGACGUUAAACGCGAACGAAGCCGGUCAGAUUCGAUUAUUGCAAGCUGCUAUCGAACUCUUGCAUGUUUCAUGCAACGAGCAACACUGAAUUUCCUAUUAUCGUUGAAGUUAUUACAGGAAACACGUUCUGAGCCAUGAAAUAAUUAUCAGAAAAUGUUCGUAGCACUUAGCUACGUAUCGUUUUCAAGAGAAUUCGCUCCAUAAAAUUGUUACGCGCUUCGACGCCCAAUCACAGAAUUAUUGCACAGGGAAACAAAUGCUCACGGUAAUCGGUUGUGCGCAAAUUUCAUUUCGCAAAUCAGUAAGCAUCGAUGAGCAACGUAUUCGCGGUUAAAUUUCAUACCAUGGGCUACACGGUCCGAUUAAUACCGACACAGUGUCGCCGCAGUAAACCGACACCAAUUAAACGUUCACGGAAUGUCAAAAAACGUUGAUCAUACCAGAUCCGUUCGCGCGAUUAACGCCGAGUACAAUCGACACUUUGAGUUCCGAAUUGACUAACAAAUUUCACAGUGAUUAUAGAAAUUUUUAACGCUACAAUAGACGGAUUGAAUUAUAAUUUUUAUGGAGGAAUUGCGUUACUUAGGAGAGGAAAGGUAACAGUUUAUUUUACUGAAGGAUAUAUUACAUUGAAAAUAUGUUAACCACUAUUCUGGAAAUAAAUUUCGACAUUGAUCUCUACAUACUUCUUCCUUGAAAGAGAGCGGUCUAGUCCCUUCGAGGAAUAACGGAAAUGGGAUUAGCUCCUCUGGUCCCUCUUCUUCCUCGUAUCCUAUUUCCUGCGUAACCUUCCACCUUCGACCUCCUGAGGGAAAGGUAAAAAGGAUACGGAAGAAGAUUUCCUCGGUGAUCAGCGUAACUAGAUUGCAUAUCUUCCUUAGAAGUCUCAUAAACGGAAGACGACGAGUUCCUCGAUUAGCGUAGAUAAGGAAGUGGAUUGUUUCUGACAUUAACAGGAUUGUUAUCGUUGAACAGAACGUUAUUUGACGAUAUUAUCUUGCAUCUUUUGUAACAUUCCGCCAAGAAACCUAUUCAUUGUAUCACGGAAACUCGAAGAUAUUUUUUAUUCCAAGAUACAUUUUUCUCUUUUAUUCAAUAAAAGAAACGUAUAUACAUUUAUUUCGUAGCAAUACCUCUUGAAGUAUGAAAAGAGAUUCAAAGGAAAAUAUUAAUGCAAAUGGAAACAAGAUGAUAUUGAAUGUCUAUUCCAUGCACCAAGAAGAAACUUAUUCUACAAACGAAGAUGUUAUAUUGAAAUAUAAAGAAAAGUAAUAUUCAAGCGACUUUUAACAUGGCAGAUAAAAUGGCAGAUAAUUAUUUUACUAAAAUCCAUUAGUCGAACAAUAUACCGAUCGAAACUCGUUUCGGAUUAAACGAGGAUAAAAGUGAAGAUGGAAUGAAACAUGGAAAAUAUAAAUUCAGUUGGAGAAAGCUCAAUGUGUUGCGGUAGUUGUAGUGAAAUUGAAAAUUAAAAUUUAUGAUUCGGUUAAGCGGCUUGAGCACGACACUGCCUCCGCCGGAGAGAAACUAACUAAGAAACUUUUGAAACAAUGGUGACUGGCUAGCUGGUAUAAAUAAUUAUACGGCUAACCUAUUUUCUUUCGCAUCCUUCACUUCCGUACCGACGCCAGUCCAUAAAUUCUCUCCGCAGCUUCCCGGAACUACUUAUUUUCCUUUGUAAAUACCGAACACGAGAAAUUUUGGGUACAAAAUAGACUAUUAUCGUUCACUGUAACACUUUUUUGGGCCCAUCUGUGUAUCUGCCAACAAUCUUUUCGUCUUUGACAGAGAAAAUUAUCUUCCAGUACUGGCAAUAUUCUCUUAACGAGGAUAAAAUCAAAUGGCAAUUGGUCGUGUCAAAGGAUUGAUUAUUUCAGAUUUAACUAGUUUCCUGAUCCAAAGCUUACCGUCUUCCGACUUCGAAUCUCGAUGAACUUCGACAGCCAAAGUUUCUCGAACUGAAGUCAAAACGCAAGACAGGCUGGAAGCAAGUUUCCAUCCGUUCAGAUUAACCGAAGUCACGGUGAAACUCGUCAACAGACGAGCCUUAUGCUUCGAUGAAAGCAACGGCUGCAGUUUCAAACAAAAUAGUCGUUAUAUUAUUGAUUAAUUCGAAGGAUAUAGUAAUUGUUUGGAAAUCCCAUCCAUUCAAAUUGAAACGUGUCAGAAAAUAUUCUUUCCUUUCCUUUGACGAGCUUACCUCGUUAAUUUCAGUCACACGCUCGCAUUCUUUCGUCGAAGCGAUUAUACUCGCGCAGUUAUCCACUUUAUUAAUCAAAGAAUUACGAAUUCGUUAGAAACUUCCGCGGCCUCGCGAAUUAAUUGAACCCUGUCCAAAGAUCCUUCAGCCCGAAGGAGCACGGAUAACGAAUUUCAUUUUCAUUUUUCCCCGGCCGGAACUUUCCUCCUUGGAAUCCGUCCGAGCUAUCGGAAAAUUCCUCCUCCCGGAAAACUAGGUCGCGACGCGUUAAAAGGCUUCAUCAGCGUAUAAUCGAGCGAAUUGGAUAAUUAGAAUUAACUCGAGAAUUUCUUAUAAACGUGUCAACAGUUUGCGUUUUUCGUUUAAUUUUAAUUAACACAUCGAGUACCGUAAUGAAAACGUACUCUUCAAAAAUAACCUUUCCAAUAACCAUCUCAUAAAUUCACCACGAAUUCUGAUUCGACAUCGUUUUCAACGCUUUUUUCCCGUUCAGCCGGUGUUCCGGUAUCCUGGAACGUCCACGGAACGAAGUUCGGUGAUCGAUGAAAUUGCAUUUAGGUAGAGAACGCCGGUCGUAAUUACAUCGAGGAAUGCUAUCGAUUUGUACUAUGGUGUACCCGUAAUCACGGCCUCGUUGAAGUAUUAUACAUACACGAUCAUAAAGAGGGUGUUGUCCGACGUUCUCUUUCGAACUCUACAGAUCGCAAUGCAUUUUCUGUUUACACGGGCUGUAGUUUACAUAAUAUUUGCAGCAUUCACUCAGGAAACGAUCAAUUGGCAGACAUUUGCAUUGGAAAAGCGGACGCGCAUUAUACGCUCGUAUCAAUAUUAAUUUAACAUGCAAAUAUUAUUUUAAUCGAAGAAUACCUACGAUUCCGAGGAACGAAGGAGAGAUUGUCAGGCAAAGUUUACAUUUGAACAAGAAAAACGAGCAGGGCUGUGUGGACGAUGAAAGUAUACUUGGCGGAAUGCGAAUUGCCCCGAUGUCCCACAUUUAAACAAAUGUUUAUCUUAAAAUUAAUAUCAUUCAUGGAAACAAACGGAUCACGGUUUAUAUACGAUAAAUUACGCGCUGACUAUGAUAGAUUGUGAGAGAAAUUAAAUAAUCAAAGCGGUGAAUUAUGGAAAAUAAUUUUAAGUUAGUCGUGAAUCAGCUCAUUUAAGUCAAAUCUUUCCAUCUCUAAAUCUAAGGACGAAAAUAUACGUCAACCUCAACUUGCGGAUACAAUUCUAUCGAAAAUCCAUCUAAACAUAAAAUGACCUGUCUGUAUCUGUAGGGAAAUUGAAGCGACUAUUCGGACUGAACAGUAAAACUAUUAAAUCUCUUGGUAAUCCCGUACAAGGUCUCAACAAAUUCAGCCAUGAAGCGCCUUAUAAUCGCAUUUUCCGCCAGGAACUCACGCUUUACGAUGUCCCCAUAGUAUAUUUCAUCAAACCUGCGAUGUCGCGUUAAUCUCGUGGUGAAAGGCGCUUCCGUACCAUCCUGGCGCUACGACACGUAAUUUUAUGGCCUCCAUAAAAAGACUUACAUUCGCGAAAGGAAGGAAACGAAUGGAAAAACGAGGAGGACAGAACGAUUCGUGUAUCAACGGUGAAAAAGCAAAGUAAAUAGUUCGGCGUACCGUACCGGGACACAUGUACGCCCAUUUCCGGGUCAACCUGGUUGUUUUGAUCCCCUUUCUUCCGGGGAUGCCCGUGUUACACCCGAGCGCGUGAAUCAAAAUCGUGUCAGCGGGUAGAUCAAUACGAACUCUACGAUCGAAACUGUUCGAACAAGAGCAGAUGAUUUGAAUUUGCACGAGUUUACACAAUGAAUUCCAUCAAGUACUCCACGAUCGAUUCCAUGGAUCCUACGAAAUUCGAUUAUUCCCUCGGGCGCGCUGUUUGCGAUUAACAGGGUUCCUGUUAACGAACCACUUCGAAACAGCUCUCCGAUAAAUUUCUUGCAAACCACACUUGCAGCUAGUAGGUGUUAGAACACCUACUACGCUUCUUUUUGAUUUUUACUAUCACUUCUGGAUAAGGAAAAUUCAAAUUUAAUUUAUAUUUUUCACACGAUUCGUUUGACACUGCUUCAGCUCUGGUAAAUUGAUAUUUAUUUCAACAUUGAAUUUUUGAAUUGAAUUCAGCAUUGAAUUUUUUUACAUUUUAUACCUAUUAUUCAAAAGUUCUCUUAGCACUACUGAUUUCAUUGGAAAAUAAAUGAGAAAUCGAAGAAGGUAAAUGGAAUAGAAGAGAAGUGUAUCAGUAUCAAUCUGAUGUUGAUUCCAAGUAAGCCAAUGUCUCGUGGAUCUUUCUGACGAAGUUUUCCUUCUGUAAUAAGAAAUGUAUUUUCUAUAGAAUAAGUCUAGCACCAUGAAAACUGUGCCAACGGUGACUGGGUACGAGCAAGGCUCGUACUAAGCCACGCGAUCCGUUUGCUCCUAUUUUCCAGAUUGCGGCAGCGGCAUGAACACACGAGACUGGUUACCAAGUGCCACAUUCGCGGAGUGUCGCGCGAUCCCGAACGAUCCAUCAAAAUCGCGACAGACAACUGUUAAACUUUGUGUAUGCAGCUGUAGUGAGUAGAAGAGAAACAGGAAACGAACAGAAUUCAACGAACAAAAGACACAGUGACAAUACAUUGUAACAUAUAAAAAAAAAAAGAAAAAAGAAAAGUGAAUAGACAAAAGUGUGUUGUUGUUCGAUUGACGUGUGACAAGUGAACGGGAAGAAAAAUAAGAAGAAAAGGGGGGGAAAAGUAGGAUAGAAAUGGAGAUCAUCAGCGUGCAGAGUAUAUCAAAGUAUCGUUCGAUCGCGUCUAAGGCCAACGCGAGAUACAUUAAAACGCCAUUCAUGUUCCUUCUCGGGCCAGAGGCAAGAUCGUAAUUUCGUUUUCUUUCGGAACGAACAAUACGCACGAUGAACCGUCUCAGGGAUCAUCGAGAGCUUCAAUCGGGUCGGAUCGGAUCGUAGAAGGUUAGAGGAUUCAGGAAGGUAGAGGAACAGCGUUGUCGAAAGGCAAACUUCAUGAAAAUGGACUCGACGAAGCUGGGUGGGCCAGCCCCAACCAGCCCAAGGGCUGACUCACCAGCCUUACCGACCUACGCGACCACCGCGGACGGCAACAUAGAUUAUAUAAUCGGGGACUACAUGGAAAGACUCGGCACGAGACUGAAUAUACUGGAGACCGAGUUAAAGUACGCGUGGAGAGCGUUAGACCUCCUCAGUCAGGAAUACAUUAAAAUGUGGGAGAGACUCGAGAAACUGGAGGGUCUUCUUUACGAGCAACAGACGGUGAUCAGUCAAUUGAUCGAGUUCUACACGAGCGGUGGCACUCACGAGAACGCGAACGUUGCAGAGGAAUCGAUGGCGAGUCAACAGAGUUCGGUGAGCGAGUUGGACGCGAUCGCGAAGAGCAUCGGCGCAACGAUGGGCAUCGAGGAAACGGCCGCGUUGAGGGAAAAGUUGGCCCAACAGGAAAUGGCGAGAAUGCACGGACUGACGCAGGACAGCACGACCGCUGCUGCAGUAGUUACCGAUAUGCACAGGAACGUUAGGAACUUGGACACUCUGGAGACUCUUGCCGAAGAGAGUAACAUUCCAGACGAGGCGUUCUACAGGAGCUUGAACAACGCUUACAGGGAGGACCUGAUCUGCGGCGACACGUCGAGACCGACCUCGCAACUGGGAAUGAUCUGGGAGGAGGCGGAGGAUGAGGAUGUUAACGGGAAGAAAGAGAUCGAUACGACCAUGUUCGAGAAAACGGCGACGAAGGAUACUGAACUGGAGGAAUUGGCUGGUAAACCGACGAAGGAGGAAAUUCAGGAGUCGGUGACGAAGAAGGAGGACGAAGCUGACGAGGACGAGGGCGAAGUGUUCAGCGCGGCUGAUUACAAAAGUUACCGAGGGAACACGCCUUGCGUCAGCGAACAGGAUCUUGCCCAACUGUCCAGGCUCAGUUCCAUCGAUCAGGUCGCUCUGGAGAAGUUACACGAACUGGACAGGUUGACCAAUAAGUUACAAAAAGACUCUCAGAACUUGAUAGAGUUACAGUCGAGACUAAUGGACUCUCCGAAGAGGCAAUACAACUCGGAAGCUGAAGCGAAAUUAGCGGAAGAGGCGAGUAGCAUAGACGAGCAACUGAGAAAGAUCUAUGCAGAAACUGACGUCGACAGUUGGACCUUCUCGAAGAGUCCUGGAUCAACAGGUAGAUCGAUCUCCAGAGUCAGCACGGACAGUGGUUUGGCCACCGACGGUGAUUUCACGACCAGGUCAAUUUCCCCAAGACUGACAUCUACGUCUAGAACGAACUUGGACUCCAUAUCGAGUACCUACACUCCUCCUAGACUAGGUUACGCCGCGACCGUGCGCGAAAAGAGUCCAGAUCCAAUGAUUCAGUUGCCCAUUGACGUUGGUAGUUUCGCGAAAGGUUACGCGGAGAACAAGGAACUGACAGACUUGAUGGUCGAAAGCUUUGCAGCCGUUACUUGCGCCUCGCCCACCAUUUACAGCACCACUACCGACAAAGUACCGUCUCCUACCCUCUCAGCGGGAAGUGUCCACAGUGUACACAGCGUCCACAGUGUACAAAGUCUUCGAACGAGGCAGGACGGCUACUUCGGCAGCGCUCCGCGACUCAAUCUAGAGUUUCAAGAAAGCAGAACGCCUCCAAGUCCGUCACCCAGUUCACCCCCUCCUCCAGCUCCUCAAGAUUCGGGGGAGACUUUCCUGAUGCCAGGAACUGAUCAAAGAGAACCCGACACGAAACGAUCUCAGAGCCCCACGUUCCUGAGAAGCACGGAGAAACUGGUCUCUCUGGAACAAGGUCGUCUCAGCCCACGUACUCCGCAUUCGCCUAAAUCGCCAAGAGUGUCGCCUAAGCACACCGCCAAACCGGGCAGUGUCGCCAACAUAGUCGCGGCGAAAUCAGAUUCCGGCCUAUCGUCCAUGAGCGGAUGGAGCAGCUUAGACAAGUCGCCAAGUUCUCCUAAGAGUUCGAUCAGCAAGAUGCUUACAUCCUACGCGGUGGAACAUGCCCGAGCGAGUUUAAUAUCGACCACAACUACGGGUAGGUCUAGCAGCCCUAUACCGCCUCUUCCGGAGACCACUACCUCCGUGGUCACGCAGGAACCCCUGUACGACACGCCCGAAGGAAGAGACGCUUUUGCAGCUACCGCGGCCACCAGUCAUUCUUACGCAGCGGCCAUGAACCAUUUGUCAGCGUUCACGUCCAUGAAGACACCGACUACCAAAGAUGACUAUAACUUCGUGCCACCGCCUGCGCCCGCCGCCACCACCUGUCAAAGUCCGAAAAAACGAAGUCGUCAGCAGACGUUGCAACAACAUACUUACGACACAGUCGCACCUGGCAGCACGAUGGAUUACGUGUACAGAUCGGAACAGCCUGCGAUCUAUUCAGUGGCUGGUAGCAAUCGACAACAAGCGAUCACCAGUGUCUACACCAGCGGGUCGGGAACCUAUGGUCCGAAGACCACGACCACGGCCUACUAUCCGGAUUCGAUGGAUCAGUACAGCUAUCAGGAAAAUUUCAGCUCCGCUCAGUACACGGAAUCAAGCGGGAUGGCUCAUGCGAAGAAAGUUUUAAGAAGCGCCGCGUACGCGGAUGGAAUGACCAAUCACGAAGGGUACAAAGCCGCAAUGUAUCGCACAAUGUUCCCCACUGGAAACAUCACCGAUGCUUUAUCUUAUUAUCCGACCAGCGCGAAUUUACCGCGAACGGAAACGAACGAGAGUUCCUGGUUAAACUCGAUGGAGGAUCAGAUACCUCACGACUCAACUUCAUCUAGCAUCAGGUCGUUAACUUCCGACGGCAGUUACUCGCAAAGUCCUUACACUGAUAGGAGGUACCCUCAACCGCCAGCUUACCAGGCCCAUCAAUAUCAUCACACGUAUGCUAAUCAAGGCUAUCCGCAAGCUUAUCAGCAACAAUAUCAGCCGUACAAUCAAAGACUGAGCGGCUCCGAAAGCGCACAACUCGCUGAUGGCUACCAGAGGCAAUGGCAAAGGGAGCAUCAGUAUAUUCAGGAUCACGAGGGCGGAAGAUUACCUAUCGAUCAGGCGCAGCAUCAGCAAAGCGAAUACUACGACGCUUCGAGCGUCAUAGUGUCCCAAUCAGGCUACAUCAGCAUUGCGACAAAUUUGAAGGAUCACGAGAUGGAGAACGCGAAGACUGGCAAGAAAAUUAGAAGGGGUUCGUCGUUGAAAAACGCGAUGAGCUCUAUGAGCAACUGGUGGCCAGAUCUUCACCUCAGCAAGAGACACAGAAGUCACUCGUUGCCUGGUGGAGUGAGGAGAGAAGACCUGGACAUGUCUCAGGAGCCUCAACAGAAACUUCCAGCGGACGCAGGCGUGACCAGAGGUCGUGGUAGAGGGCAAACCGCCAGGAAGAAGAAGAAACACAUCCUCGUCUCUACUGUAUCCGGAAUUCUGCAGAAGGCGAAAAGGCGAACCCAUCAGUCGCAAUCUUUGUCCGAUCCCGAACAAUCUGAAACCGAAUGGAGCAGCGGCAGACAGAGCGGCUUGUCGGAAGACGAGGACAGCGUGAUGUCCGACGCGAAUCAGGAGCCUCCUUUCUUCGCCAAGGUGAAAACUGCGAGCACAAAGCGUAAACCGGUGUCGCAACCGGUUGUCCAACAGCAACAGCCAACCACGCAACCAUUGCCCUUGCAGCAGAAAGAGUACAUUCAGCAACAGCAACAACAGCAGAAUUUACAGCAGCAACAGCAAGUUCUUCAGCAACAAAUUCAACAGCAUCAAGAACAGUUGCAACAGCAGGCACUCCAAGAUGGUUGGGGCAAAGAAAAGGAUCAGAGAAAGGAAUUGGAUCACGAUGGGUCCGAUCAAAUGGGUGGUUUCGACGAAGAGACGUCAGGAAAGAGCACUGGCUCCGGUUCAGGUGGUUCCUCGAUAUUCCAAACUGUCGGGGAUAUUAAACGAUCCACGGGUAGUUCCGACGAGGCACCGAACGAGAAGGCACCGAAACUUCCGCCAGUGACAUUGAUGGGCGCCAGUAUGGAAUUCGCUGUGUCCAGGGCACUGGGCAAGUAUCGUCAAAGACAGUCGUCCACAGUGUCCGACGAACAACCGCCGAGCGAGGAAGCGAGUAGCGAGAAGAAGUCUGAAGAUGGAACCGUCCAGACCCUAGAAACUAGCUUCGAGUAUCCCGAGGACGUGUCGGAGAAGAGCGAGAAGAGUGAAAAAUCUAGCAGCACGAGACUACCCGAAUUAGUAACCAGCAUAUCAGAAGAGGGUCCACCCUCUGAAGGAAGCCCGUCCGCGUCGAGCACGAGGGGUCAAACGACCGGCACUCGAUUCCUACCACGGCAUCAGCAAUCUCUCGAAAUUCCUUGGACAGGCUCGAGGCCCGGCGAGCUGGACGAGGACAACCGUAGCACGCAUUCCUAUCGAAGCACGUCGAGGGUCUCCUCCAGGCGGCAAAGUACCGAGGACUCGAUUGAUUCCGAGGACGAAUGGUACCGAUACGAGCUGAGAAAGCUAGAGGAACUCGAGAGACAGUCGCAAAUAGAGGUCGAGAUGGGGGAAGUGCUGGUGGAGGAACCCGAGGAAACCGAGCACUAUCAGCCAGACGAUACAGUGAAGGAGAAGAUGUCGUUCGUGUUGAAGGAACUGAAGCUGAAGGCCAAGCCACGGGAACAGAUCAAAGAAGAGAAAGAAGAAGUGCGAGGCAGCAAAAUCAAUGGAACACUCUCGAAGGAUCGGCGAAUAGAGGAGAGGGACAGGUACCGCGACGAGAAGCCUAUCCCAAAGCGAAAAUCCGCGGAGAGUAUCGAAGCGGUGUUCGCGAGGGUUACCGAUUACCAUACUUGGGCACACGAAGAAGAAGCCAAGAAAGAAAAACCGUCCUCCGCCAUGGAGGAAGGUUCCUCCGGUGAGACGUCAGGUCCUGACAGUCCAGUUCAAUCUAUGGACGAGGAAGAAGAAGAGGAGCUACCGAAGGAUGUCGACGAAGAGCAAUCGAGACGCAGCUCCAGUGGAUCGACGUUUCGUCAAGGGGAGAAGAUCCACCCUGGUUCUGAGCCAAUUUCUCGCGAAGGUAGCGUGAGCGUCCCACCCAGCGAGGUGUCCGUCAGCAUCCCAGGUGCUUGGGACUCGGAGAGCACUGUACUUGAAGGACUCGAACGGGACGGGGCAGGCAGUGCUGAAACAGCUACCACGGCCACCUUGAGCCUGCCGAAAAUCAAAAUCGAUUCCUCCUCCUGCGGUAGCUCGGACACGACGCUGAAGGAUGGCCAGGUGAGUCCUGGACCACCUGGUUCUAAAUGGAAGCUGUUGAAAGCGUUGAAAGAGCGUAAGGCAGAGGAGAAGAUGAAGGAAGUUGAGGAGGCCUCUAAGGAACCUACUAUUUCUCAGGGACCCACGGCAAACGGCAGCGGACCUGGUGGCGAAUCCGGGGGACGAGGCAACGGACAUCUCGGGGACAAUCCUUUCUACAGCAACAUCGACAGCAUGCCGGACAUUCGACCGCGCCGAAAGUCGGUGCCAUUGGUCUCCGAGCUGGUCUUGAAGACAAUGGCGGCGACGAAGAGGAACACUGCAGGUCUAGCAUCGGCUGUGCCCAGAGCAACGUUGAACGACGAGGAGCUGAAGAUGCACGUCUACAAGAAAACGCUGCAAGCGAUGAUCUACCCGAUUUCCUCGACGACGCCGCACAAGUUCGUCACCUGGACAGCUACGUCGCCGACCUAUUGCUACGAGUGCGAAGGUCUUCUCUGGGGUAUUGCUCGACAAGGUGUGCGGUGUACAGAGUGCGGAGUCAAGUGCCACGAAAAGUGCAAGGACCUGCUGAACGCUGACUGCUUGCAAAGAGCGGCUGAGAAGAGCUCGAAGCACGGGGCAGAGGAUAAGGCGAACAGCAUCAUCACAGCCAUGAAAGAGCGAAUGAAGCAGAGGGAGCGAGAGAAGCCGGAGAUCUUCGAGCUGAUCCGCACGACGUUUACAGUCGACCCGGACACGCACAUAGACAGCCUCGAGCAGGCCGAACAGAUCGUCCUUGAGGGUACCAGCAAGUGGUCCUGCAAGAUCGCAAUCACAGUGAUCUGCGCUCAAGGGUUGAUCGCAAAAGACAAGAGCGGCACGUCUGAUCCGUACGUGACGGUUCAGGUCGGCAAAGUGAAGAAACGAACCAGGACGAUGCCGAGGGAAUUAAAUCCGGUUUGGCACGAGAAGUUCUACUUCGAGUGUCACAACUCGUCGGAUCGGAUAAAAGUGAGAGUGUGGGACGAGGACAAUGACCUGAAGUCGAAGCUGCGGCAAAAGUUGACGAGAGAGAGCGACGAUUUCCUCGGGCAGACCAUCAUCGAGGUAAGAACUCUGAGCGGUGAAAUGGACGUCUGGUACAACCUGGAAAAGAGGACGGACAAGAGCGCUGUGUCCGGUGCGAUCAGGCUGCACAUCAGCGUCGAGAUCAAAGGAGAAGAAAAGGUGGCGCCUUAUCACGUGCAGUACACCUGCUUGCACGAAAACCUUUUCCACAGCCUGUGCGAGAAAAACGACGGUGUGGUCGCGUUGCCUCAAGCGAAAGGAGACGAUGCUUGGAAGGUCUACUUUGACCCGCCUGGCGAGGAACUCGUCGACGAAUUCGCGAUGAGAUACGGCAUCGAAAGUAUCUACCAAGCUAUGACACACUUUCACUGCCUCUCGACGAAAUAUCUAUGUCCAGGUGUGCCAGCUGUAAUGUCAACUCUUUUGGCGAACAUAAACGCGUAUUAUGCCCAUACGAGCGCAAGUUCCGCAGUCUCGGCCAGUGAUCGAUUCGCUGCCAGCAAUUUCGGGAAAGAGAAAUUCGUGAAGCUACUGGACCAGCUGCACAACUCGUUGAGGAUCGACCUGUCGAUGUACAGAAACAACUUCCCGGCUUCGAGCCAGGAGAAACUGAUGGACCUGAAGAGCACGGUCGACCUGUUGACCAGCAUCACCUUCUUCCGGAUGAAGGUUCAAGAAUUGUCCAGUCCACCAAGAGCCAGCACCGUGGUGAAGGAUUGCGUGAAGGCUUGUCUGCGGUCGACUUAUCAGUUCCUGUUCGAGAAUUGCUACGACAUCUACAACAGGGAGUUCCAAGUGGAUCCGAGCGAAGCGAAAAGGGACGCGGAAGAUCACGGACCCAGUUUGGAGUCGUUGGAUUUCUGGCACAAACUGAUCGCGUUGAUUGUCUCGGUGAUCGAGGAGGACAAGAACAGUUACGCGCCUGUUUUGAAUCAGUUCCCGCAGGAGUUGAACAUCGGUCAGCUGUCAGCGGCCACCAUGUGGUCCUUGUUCGCGGUCGACAUGAAAUACGCGCUCGAGGAGCACGAACAACACAGACUGUGCAAAUCCUCGGCCUAUAUGAACCUUCAUUUCAAGGUUAAAUGGUUGCACACCAACUACGUGAAGGAUGUGCCACCGUACAAGGGCGCCGUGCCGGAAUACCCGGCUUGGUUCGAGCCGUUCGUGAUGCAGUGGCUGAACGAGAACGAUGACGUCUCACUGGAAUAUCUCCAUGGUGCCUUCAACAGAGACAAGAAGGACGGAUUCCAAAAGAGCAGCGAACACGCGCUGUUCAGCGUCUCCGUCGUCGACGUCUUUACUCAAUUAACUCAGUGCUUCGACGUGGUCUCGAAGCUAGAGUGUCCCGAUCCGGAGAUCUGGAAGAGAUAUAUGAAGAGGUUCGCGAAGACGAUAGUGAAAGUGUUGGUCGCGUACGCCGACAUCGUGAAGAAAGAAUUCCCAAGUCACCUGAAGGAAGAACGCAUCGCUUGCAUUCUCAUGAACAACAUUCAGCAGCUUCGGGUGCAAUUAGAGAAGAUGUUCGAAUCGAUGGGUGGAGAGAAACUGGAAGAGGAUGCGGCGAAUAUAUUGAAGGAACUUCAGCAGCAACUGAACGGAGCACUCGACGAUCUGGCUAUGUUGUUCGCGAAGAGUCUAGAACCAAGGAUAACAGCAUCGGUGAAGGAGCUGGGUGAUUUGUUGUUGGCCAUCAAAGGUGGCGGACAAGUACAACUGUCCCAACCAGCUCAAAGGAACAACGUAGCAGUGGAAGCUGACGAAGUGCUUCGUCCUCUGAUGGUUCUUCUCGAUGGAAGCUUAUCGUUGUAUGCUGAAUCCUGCGAGAAGACUGUGCUGAAGAGGCUGCUGAAGGAGUUAUGGAAGAUCGUUAUGAGGAUCUUAGAAAAGACGGUCGUGCUUCCACCUAUGUCGGAUAAGAGCAUGAUGUUCAAGAAUCUGACGGAUAACGCAAAGAAUCUAGCGGCGAACGCGAAGAUCGAAGACAUGUCGAAGUUGUUCAAGAACCAUAUGAGUGGCAAGCCUGAUGUGAAGAAUGCGCUCAGCGGUGUAAUGGAUAUUUCUAAAGAAGUUGAGAAGAAUCUGUCCCCGAAACAGUGCGCUGUUCUCGAGGUUGCACUGGACACCAUCAAACAGUACUUCCAUGCAGGUGGAAAUGGUCUGAAGAAAGCUUUCUUGGAGAAAUCACCAGAAUUACAGAGCUUGCGAUAUGCUUUGAGCUUGUACACGCAAACGACGGACACUCUUAUCAAGACCUUCGUCACAUCUCAGGUUAACCAAGUGCCACUGAACAAAGCGUCACAGCUACGUCAGCGUCAACGUUCGAUGAGCAGCGAGAGAGGUGGCGACGAAGGGGAAGGAGCCGAGGGUAUGGAAAGCCUCGAGGAACCCCUUCGCCAGAGCAAGCCCUCUCUUCGUCGAGAGAGUCGACAAGUUCCAGAUACCGCUGGUACGGAUGAAGGUUCGGUAGGAGAAGUUAGCAUUCAGGUGGAUCUCUUCACGCAUCCUGGAACCGGCGAACAAAAGGUCACAGUGAAAGUGGUCGCUGCGAACGAUCUGAAAUGGCAGCUUGCGACAGGAAUGUUCAGGCCGUACGUUGAAGUGAAUCUGAUCGGUCCGCACUUGACCGGAAAGAAGAGGAAGCAGUCGACGAAGUCGAAGAGCAAUAAUUGGUCGCCGCAGUUCAAUGAGAGCUUCGAUUUCAUGAUCGGCAACGAGCAGCAGCAGCUCGACUUCUACGAGUUGCACAUCUGCGUGAAGGAUUACUGCUUCGCCAGAGAGGACAGGCUGGUCGGUGUGGCUGUGAUGCAGCUGAAGGACAUCGUCGAGGAAGGUUCUUGCGCCUGUUGGUUGUCGCUCGGCAAACGAAUUCAAAUGGACGAAACUGGCUGGACGAUCCUGAGGAUCCUCUCGCAGAGGAACAACGACGAGAUAGCGAAGGAAUUCGUGAAGCUGAAGAGCGACAUCAGACAGGAAACACCUCUGCCUAAUCCUACCUGAAGCUCGGAGACGCAGCAUUAAUAGCCGAGAGCGAAGCGACAUGCGUCCUUCGAGUUUGGAAAGAGCUCGGAGGUGAAGAAGAACAGGAGGGGCGUUGUCCACAGGGGAAACUAGAAGCGUUCGGCCGUCGUUGUCGAGAACGAAGUCCAUAACACCACCGUGAGACACACGCACACACGAGAAUAAAUUACACGAGAAAUCGCCGAUCAGAACGAUCGGCCGAAUCUUUUUCGGUUCUAACCAUGUCAGCCAGCGAGGGAACGAGAGAUGCGUCCGCCCGAUCGACAUCCUUCUUCUUGUUCCCUGAGCAACCACACGUUCCGGUCGAGCGUGUUCUUCUCUCUUUUUUUACGAAUCACAGAGCUUUAGCCCCGUCCCCUAAACGAACCGAGAAACAAAAGGAAAGCGUGUCAGACAACGUAUUCGAACGAACGGAGAUUCGAGUCUCCCCUAAUGUUCGUCCAUCGGAAGCAAGAUGGAAAAGAGGAAAUGAAAGGGCGAUUGCCCUUUCGAAGGCCGCUUCGAGAGGAACGACGAUCAAGACGGUGAUCGAUGGACACGGUUAAACACGGAACGGAUUAAUUAUUAUUCAUACGAGUGCCGUGACGAAGGAGGAUAGAGAGCCUUAGGUAUCGAAGAGUGUUCCGAAAAGACGCGAAACGUGGAAACAGUGCUGCCAGUACGCAAUAUAUUUGGUAAUAUUCGUAAGGUUAGGAAGAAAGAGUCGAAUUUAGUCGUAACGAUGCGUCUAGCUCGAUCACGCCUCGUCGAAGUCUCCGGAUAUCCCGGUGGAUAGCCAAUCGACGGGGAUCGUGAUAGCACUACGAGAACGAAGGAUAAUCGAAUCAGGGUCCGUGGUAGCAAACGAAACGGUCGUGCUUUCGAAAUACUGAAAAUGCGAAUAAUCGUGCUGCAACGGGGGGGAGACGUGAUACCUAUAACAUAGACCCUCGUGCGAGACGACGUUUUAGGCCGUUUGUUCGGGAAGACGAGUUUACUUGUAGAUACGUGAAACACAUUGUUGACGAAGAAGUUUUUUCUAAUAACAGUUUAACAUAGCAUUGCGUACGACCAAUAGGCGCGUCACGACGUUACUCGGGUCGCGCCGUUAGUAAUAAAAAUAGGCAUUGUAAUGUAAAGUUACGUUCUUAUCGUAAGGAUUAACAAGAGAUCGUAAGAGUCUGAUUGUUGUGGCGAAUGAUGAAACGAGGUCCGCUCGAAGACUUCGAACACUGUCCGUGAAUCAUCCCUAGUCUCGCUUCGAUAACCCUUUGACGUCUGAAAAGCAUGAAGAAAUAAUAAUUAAAAAAAAAAAAGAACACAGAGCGCUUCUUCGUCCGCCUUCGAUUUCCAAUUUUCGUACGAUAUCGUUAAAAAUCGAGAGCUCGGUCGUCGUGGCCGUCGAACGCGAAACCGUAUCUACGAAUCGACGACGGGACAAACUUUUUUGGAAAUUAAACUUUAUAUCGUUGUAGCUGUAUGGUAAUUAAAAACUAAUCAUCUAACUUCGACACUUUUUCCCGACGAUCGUUGCUUUUUGUGUGAGCGAGCAAAACCAAGUAUAUAAACGCGACGAGGUGGAACGCAAGCUUCGAAAACGGACAUUUAAAUACUUCUCUGUCCAUUCGCUUGAUAACUCCAUUGAUAUUACUCUUGUAUAUAGAUGAAACGUUGUCAUCUCGUGGACACCGGUACGUUCGGUUUCGUCGAUCGUUGGCUCUCGAACGACAUAAGACUUCCCCCUUCCCGAGAAAUGAAAACACGAACUCGAGGAAAUCGAGGGCGGACGUGGGUUAAAUGGUCCCUCGAUCUGCUACAGUACGUUUACGGAUGAUCCUUCGUUUCGCGUUUAACGUCGUUCGGUAACUUCGGAGACGCUUGUCAAAAAAGCUGCACGCGUCGCAGUUAUUCGCACGAAGCUUCGAUCGGAUCUCUCCCGAGAUAACUGUGAACAAACGAGGAAACAGAAGAUGAAACUUAACGACGAUGCACAAAAGUUGCACGCGACUUUAAACAAAAAGAAUCUAAUGAAUUUCAUUCUCUCCGGCCUUCGCACAGGUCGACCAGACAUACAAUUCCAGAGAUUAAACACGAUUAUAUCCAACAAACAAACCAAAAAAAAAAAAAAAAAGUUUCUACUACGUAGUACGUCUAGAUAUACUUACGUAUUGUGUAUAGUGUCUAAAUGCUGAUGUAGCUGCGAGCGCGGGAUAUUCGUUUGGAGAGAAAGAGAGAACGAUAGAGAGCCACCCAGGAAAAGGAACGUUCCACAAUCUCACGAUAUAGAUUAUAUCGAAGAACCAGGUGUUUUCCAUACUCGAACGCGUACCUUUACAGAUCAGCCGCAUAGAGGUUCGUUCAAUGGUUACGUAAUUUUAUCAAAAUUAUCUCUUAUACACGUAAUUUCGCGUCAAGGAUCCGACCGGUUUCACGGUAGCCCGAUCCUAAUCAAGGAAACUUGUAGAACACUUAUAGAGACACGAUGUUUCGAAUCGUUUCAUUUAACGAACAUCAUGCUCACUGCGAUGUUCCACGACGCGGUUAGAACGCUUAGAUCUACGUAUACAGGUGGCCAAAUCUGUGCCGUUCGAUUAGAAAACUCCUGACGAAUAAAAUACUCCUUGUGCGCGCGAACGCGUUCCAGAUCGUUUUUUCGAGCCCGGAAGCGUGAGCGCGUUAAAAACAAAAGACAGAGAAUGAAAUAGGAAAGCCGUCGGUAACGUGGACGGAUAGAAAAAAGAAAAAGAAAAAAAAACAACAGAUGAAUGAUAGAUAGAGGGAUUACGAAAGGGGAAAAAUGGGAAAGCAGAGAGAAACACACGGGUCCGCGAUCUCGCCACCAUCUUCAUUUGUAAAAGUGUCUAUUUUCUCCGCUGCCUAAGUACUUACAUACUAAUUGCGAAACAAGGGCUGGCGAUUCGGUAUCCAGGCCAAGCGUGUCGACGAAACGGGAACGGGCCUUUGUGUCUCCACCCCCCCGGACACCUUUGAAUUUACGGGUCAGCCGGUAAUCGCGCCUCGUCGACCACACUGGCCAUCAAUUUUUUCCUCCUACUCUCCGCUUCGAUUAAUAUCUCGUAAGCUUAAUGAAAAUAUCUCGUGUAUUCUGUGAUAAUUACCCCUUUAAAGUACACACAUAAACACACACAUCCACACACAUGUUACACGCGCGUCUUUUUCGAGCACUAACAUCAGCGUACAGUAUCAUUUACGUGAUCACGUAUGUACAUACGAUACGCGCCCCAUACAACAAUCACACUAAAGCACGUGAUUACACCGAUCCCAAUAACAACAGUAUUUUUCUCUUUUAAAUGACAUUUCGAUUUCUAUUCUCUAUACUCGUUAAACGUCCGAAGAGUCUCGUCGGUGUGUGAGAACGAAAGGUACCGCGGUUAUCGUCGAUAUGGCCAACCGGAAGUAAGAAAAGAACGGAAACGAGGGGGAUGCAUCUGGAUAAAUGAAAAAGAAAUUUUCACGCGAUUCAUAGUAGUAGGAAUAUAGAUAUUCUUAUUUCUCUUGGUUUUUCUCAUUAUUCUGUCUUGUUUAGGGACAGAGAACAGUCUCUGAGAGGUUGAAAAUAUGGGGAAGGAAAAUACAUAUCUCGUAGAAUGAUCAAAUGAUAAGUUAUUAUUAGGUUGUUCCACAUCAAAUGGUCGAUUUCAAAAUGAAAAAAUGAAAUUCGUGUAUUGUUCCUCUAAGGGUUUCAGUCAGGAUAUUCCUAAGUGAAGGCUAUUGGAAAUUUAAUAAUAAACAUUUCUUUUUCUUCUCGAAUAUUUCAGUAAACUAGUUCCUGCAAGUGAUCUAAGGAGAACAGUAUAGUUAUUAACAGCUUUUUGAAUAAAUCUACCGUUUCAUUCGCAACAGUCCAGGGGUAGACAGUAAAAAAGAGCGUGAGAUUUAUAAAUACUUCUUUCUGUGAUUGAUCUUGUUGCGUGAGUCGAUCGAUCGUUUUUGAAAGGACAAGGGAAAGGGAGCAGAGGAAAAGAGAAAAGAAAAUGGGACGCGUACAAUGUAAUAGGGUCAAGUGUUCCGUAGUUCUUGUUCGACGAGAACGCGACAUGUCACCGCGGGUACUUUUGUGUCCGGUAGCCGACCACAGGCGCAGAACCAAAGGAAAGUAUGAAUUGCUUAAAACAUCAGACUCUAGAUUUGCUGUAUCGCGGGAGCGUGUAGCAGAGGAAACCAUUUAACAAAGGCAAGAAAGGUAUAUAAAGAUGAAACGAGGAAACGAACAAAUUAUAUACACAACUGUUGACAAUACUAUGCUUGAGAAAUCGUACGAUGCGUAUGUAAUAUAUCUAACAAAAUAUUAAUUAAAAAGAACAAAAGAAAAACCAUUAAAAAAAGAUAAUAAUGAAAAUGAAAAAAAAAAAUAUAAGAAGACGACGGAAUGUUUGUGUUUCGUAAGUAAAGCAUAUUAAGGAGAUACAUUUGUAAUCCAUGCGACGAGAGGCGCAUUUGCAAGAAAAAAAAACGA